CUGAAAAUAUGAGAGUGAAAAGAUAAAUCAAAAACUCAAAAAAGAAACUGAAAACAGUUGAAAGCUACAGUCUUCCCCCCAACCACUCCACACUUCAGUCACUUCAACCCUCACUCGCAUGCUUUUUCUCAUCCAUUUCCGUUCCUAAAACUUCGCAAUCUUCUCUCCUCCGCGCUCCGCCGCCACCGCCGCCGUCACAAUGGCUGCGACAACCGCCUUCGUCCUCGUCCUCUUCUUCUUCCUCGACGUGAGCCUCGCUUUCGCUGCCGCCUCAACGGAAACCGUCGUUCCAGAGGACGACGUGCGGUGCUUAGAAGGCGUCAAAGCCGCGCUCUCCGAUCCGCUCAAUAAGCUCGGUGCGUGGUCGUUCUCCAACGACUCCGCAGCUUCAAUCUGCAAGCUCGACGGGGUUUCCUGCUGGAAUCAGAAGGAGAAUAGGUUGAUUUCUAUCCAGCUACCGGCGAUGUCGCUCUCCGGUUCGCUCCCUGCUUCUCUCCAGUUUUGCCGCUCUCUCCAGUCUCUGGAUCUCUCUGGUAACUCACUUUCUGGUUCUAUUCCUUCGCAAAUCUGUGUCUGGCUACCUUACCUUGUCUCCCUUGAUCUCUCUGGUAACUCCUUCUCCGGCGCCAUCCCUCCUGAUCUCGUUAACUGCAAGUUUUUGAAUACUCUCGUUCUCAACAAUAAUCAGCUCUCCGGUGAGAUUCCCUACGAGAUCGGACGCCUGGAGAGACUCAAACGUUUCGCCGUCUCGAACAAUGAUCUCUCCGGGACGAUUCCGGCGGAUUUGGCUAGGUUUUCCAAGGAUGAUUUUGAGGGGAACUACGGGCUUUGUGGAGGCCCGUUGGACUCCAAAUGUAGCCGGCUGAGUAAGAGAAAUCUAUCGGUUAUUGUGGCUGCUGGAGUGUUGGGUGCUGUAGGAUCCCUGAUCCUUGGGCUUGGUAUUUGGUGGUGGUUCUUGACUGGUUCAAGUAAGAAGAAGAAUAAAGAAGUUGAGGAGGGUAAAUGUGAUAGUGAUUGGGUUGAUAAAUUAAGAGCUCAUAGGUUAGUUCAAGUGACAUUGUUCCAGAAACCGAUUAAUAAGAUAAAGUUGAAUGAUAUAAUGGUGGCAACAAAUUGUUUUGAUAGUGGAAAUGUGUUGUUAUCUACCAGAACUGGGAUUUCUUAUAUGGCUAUGCUGCUUGAUGGAUCUGCAUUGGCGGUCAAAAGAUUGAGUGGUUGCAAGAUGAACGAGAAGCAGUUUAGGUCAGAAAUGAAUCGUUUAGGGCAGCUUAGGCACCCCAAUUUGGUACCUUUAUUGGGUUAUUGUUUGGUUGAGAAUGAGAAGCUUUUGGUGUAUAAGCAUAUGCCUAAUGGUAGCUUAUAUUCGGCUUUGCACGGGAGCCUUUGUACUGGUGUUAGGAACAAUAGAUAUGAGCUUGGUUGGCAAUCUAGGCUUAGGAUAGCUGUUGGUGCAGCAAGAGGGCUUGCUUGGCUGCAUCAUGGCUGCCAACCGCCCUAUUUGCAUCAAUACAUUAGCUCGAAUGUGAUUCUAGUGGACGAUGAUCUUGAUGCUAGGAUAACUGAUUUUGGCCUUGCCAGGCUCGUUAAAUCAGCUGACUCCAAUGAUGGUUCUUUUGUCAAUGGCGGUCUUGGGGAAUUCGGGUAUGUUGCUCCUGAAUACUCGAGCACUCUGGUUGCAUCGACAAAAGGAGAUGUCUAUAGUUUUGGGGUUGUGCUGCUGGAGCUGGUGAGUGGGCAGAAGCCUCUUGGAGCAGGCAAUGCACAGGAAGGGUUCAAGGGGAGCCUAGUGGAUUGGGUUAGUCAUCUCUUAGUCUCGGGCCGAAGUAGGGAUGCCAUAGACAAACACCUUGUUGGGGGAGGACAGGAAGAUGAAAUCAUGCAGGUUUUGAGGAUUGCUUGCUCCUGUGUAGCUCCAAGACCAAAGGAUAGGCCUUCUAUGUACACUGUUUACCAGUCCUUGAAGACCAUGGCUGACAAACAUGGUCUCUCUGAACAAUUUGAUCAUGAGUUUCCAAUGAACUUUGGAAAACAAGAUGACAAUCCAAAGGACUAGAUUGCUCCUGCAACCAAAGAUUAAGCAUCAUCAUAUUGUCUCUUAUCAGAUGAACCUCAAUUAUUAUGAUGCCAUGUUACCCAAACCUUUCUACUGCCAAGAGGUAAUUCUCCUUUCUAUUGUCCAUCAAAUUGUUGACUAUGUAUACUAGAAAAUCAAAAGCUCAAUGGCAUCCUGGCAUCUGGUUUCUUGACAGAAAUCUUGCCAUUUGCCAACAUUGCAAAAAAAAAAAAAAAAAGCAGCUUGCUGUAUUCAUCUUGAUGGCUUUGAGAUAAUUCACUUCAUGUUAAAAUAUUUUGGCUCUGCCAUUCA